GUGUUGGGUUUUUCUCCAUCUUGCAAUGGAUUGUUGCUCAGAUUUGUAUGCAUGAUACUCAGCUGAGUGGACAGUUCAAUUAUUAAUAUUUUUGCCUAGAGCAAAGCUUGCAGAUGUAAGCAUUAUUAUGUUUUCACGUAGCUUCACAUGAAUAUCAAAAUCAAGCCAUAGCAACCAAAAUCCCCAGUAUUUAUGAAAGAAAAAUCAUUUUCAAUGCUUUCUCAUCACCAGAACAAACACAAAAAUCACAUGCAGACAAAUCAAACCCUAGCUGUAUUAUUUAGUAGCAAUUGUGGAGGUUUGAAGCACAGCAUCGAGAAUUUUUAUGUUAAAAAUAAAGUCAGAAAUCUCAGUGACUCAUGAGGUCAACAAAGGUUUUGUACAAUGCAAUCUGACACAUAUGCAUUAAAAGCAAGUCAUGUUAUUUCCUUCUCAGCAGAGUAUUAAUUUCGGAUCCGAAUCCUUUCUCUCUCCAAAUUCUACCCCUCUCGUAAGCAGGCUUAUAUAGACGUUUCUGAUUUAUUUUUGAUGUUAAGGCCGUAGAAUCAUUUAAAAUGUGCAGGGAGUGAGUCCGCAUGCUCCUUUUUCCAAGUUAAUUUAGCUUUCAAUGCCUGGUAGUUGGCCAGUUUUACUUUUUGACUACAGUAAGAGAGAAAGGGCGAACGGGAUGGUGUGUGCAAUGACACAGAUUAAACAGCGGGUGGCAGUGUCAUCGAUGACCCGCAUGUAGGGUUUAUUGAAACAAACCAAGUCGUGCAUACACACGAGAAUAACUUUUUUUUUUUUUAAGUUCUGGGAAAGUAUAUUUGAGCGACAGGGGUUGAUCAUUCCAAUAACUAAUUAAAAUUAGGAGUUAUUGUAAAGCUUAUUUCUACCAGUUAUUGUUUCAACUAUAAAUUAUCCCCUCGCCAAAUUUCAUUUUCAGCAGUUCCCCUGCUUAUGAAUCUUCAACUAUUCAGGUUAUUCAGGGAUUAGGCAUCAAAUUAUAUAAGUCUUCGUGAUGUCUUUUUGUUGUUGUUGUUGUUUUUUGUUCAACACCCCCCGUCCCACCAGGCUUCUCACGGUGAGCACGACAGAAAAACUGCCAACUGCAACAUCUACCCAAAAUAAAAAUAAAAAAACCCCAACAAAAACAAACAUGCAAGUUAUCACCUGGAUGCAUCGUGACACUGACUAGAUUAAAGAAAUUCACUCCCGAAUAAAUAUCGACCUAGUUGUGAAUCGACUUUCGUUCAGGUCACUUUCCUUUGCGGGUCUAAUGAGUCAUGACAUCAUCCGAGCCCCCCCGAGUCUUCCUCCCACGCUCCCCCAGCCCACUCCCCUCCUUUAUUUGAAGGCGCUCCUCGCUCCAUCUCCCCAGUCAGCGCUGCAGAGGGACGACAGACGAGAGCCUGAUGGUACAACUGGGUCACUUUUUCUCCGGUCGUACCCUCACUACGGCAAAAUGAAGCCUGCGCUUAUCGUGGUUUUUGCUCUUCUUGCAGAAACUGUCGCGCUCCCAGUUGGCAAAGAGGGGCAAAAAGAUGUGGUUGCACGAUGUCUGGUCGAAGUCUUGACCAAAGCGCUGUCCAAGCCGGACGUUCAUUUGGAUGAGGAAUGCAAAGAUAUUCUCCAAGCAGGUGUCAAAUAUGCCCCAGAGAACAAAAAGACUACAGAGGGAAUUGUAACACCGGAGGACAUCUCUCGUGCGGGGGCCCCUACGGCAAAGACGGCGGACGUCAAAGACAUUGAGGCACUGCUGAAAUCUGUGGAGGAAAAGAGGGAAACCCCUGAAGAUGAGCGGAACCAGGAAUCGUGGAGUCUGAUAGAGAAGCGGGAUGGGGAGCAGGAGGAAGAAGUACGAGAGAAGCGGAGCAGCUGGAGGCCAGGAAGAUUCCACCAGAGGAAGAGCAAACGAGGAGAGGAAGAUUAUGACCGCAGUCAGGAGAGUUGGGGAGGCCUUGAAAGGAGGUCCGAUGACGAAGAAGAGGACGGAGAAAGUGAAGAACGAGAGAAGAGGAACUGGAGGCCCGGAAGGCACUACCAAAGGAAAAGUAAACGGGAUGAGGAAGACGGGGGAGAGCCAGAGGAGGAACGCAGUCAAGAGUACUGGGAUGCAGACAAGAGGCUGGAGAACGAGGAGGAGGAGAGAGAAAAGCGCAUAUGGAAACCUACACAUCGCUAUCAUCACAAGAUAAAGCUCCACAGGCGCAGCGACGAACCAUCCGAGGGUGAGGGAUACGAAGACCGCAGCCAGGAAUCAUGGGACGUUGACAAGAGGAGCUGGAAGGCUGGCCGAUUCCACCAGAGGAGACACAAGCGCGAUGAGGAGCCAUCGGAAGAAGCAAGGGAAGAGCCUGAGGAAGAGCGAAGCCAGGAACAUUGGGACGUUGACACUGGGAGAGAAAAGAGGGAGUGGAGGGCGGGAAGGUAUCAUCAAAGGAGACAGAAGCGAGAUGAGGAGCUUUCGGAGGAAGCGAAGGAAGAACCUGAUGAAGAGCGAAGCCAGGAAUAUUGGGAUUUUGACACCGGAAGAGAAAAGAGGGACUGGAGGCCAGGCAGGCAUUCCCAAAGGAGGCACAAACGCGAAGACAGGCUUUCAGAGGAUGCCAAGGAAGAGCCUGACGAAGACCGCAGCCAGGAAUAUUGGGAAUUUGAUACUGGGAGAGAGAAGAGGGACUGGAGACCUGGCAGGCAUUCCCAAAGGAGACACAAACGUGACGAGGAGAUUUCGGAAGAAGCCAGAGAUGAGCCCGACGAAGAACGGAACCAGGAAUACUGGGACUUUGACACAGAACGAGAUAAGAGGAGCUGGAGGCCCGGCAGGCACCACCAGAGGAAACACAAGCGUGCCGAAGAGCUUGGAGAGGACGGCAGGGCAGAGCCGGAGGAAGAGCGCAGCCAGGAAUAUUGGGAUUUUGACAAGAGAGAUGAUAAAGAAGACGUAGAGGUAGAAAAGCGGAUCUGGAAGCCCACCCACCGGUACCACCACAAGAGGAGACUUCACAAGCGAGGAUCGUCAGAGGAAGAGAUGGAGCCGAGGGGCGACUCGGAAGAGAACACAGAAGAGGAAAAGGACAGAGAUGAAGCCUUGAGGUACCUGGCUGAGAAACGCAAUCCCUGGAUUUACAGAGGCUAUUACCACCCGGCCUGGUAUAAGAGAGACUCAGAUGAACAUGCUGCAACAUCCGCUAAGAUGGAUGAACUGACCAAGCUGCUCAGUUACAAGUUAAACCAGCUGGCUAACCAGUCCACUAAAGAGGAGGAUAAGAGGAGUUCACAGCAGAGAGAGCUUACACCACAGGAGGAGAAACAGCUGGAAAAUCUGGCAGCGAUGGACAUGGAGCUGCAGAAAAUCGCAGCCAAGUUGCACGACAAGACCGCAUAAUCCCGGAGCAUUUUACUACAGUCUGUGAACCAUGCCAAGUUACUGUGCAUCUACCUAUUUAAUGUGCUUUGUGUUAAAAAAGAAACAAAGAAAAUUGCAAGAAAGCUCACAUCCUACCUGCUUUAUUUGAUGUAUUUGUGAUGUUACGUCAAAAUUAAAACAGCAUGGGAACGGC